AUGUUGAUGGCAAGUUGCGGAAGUGAUUACGUUGAUCGGUGGUUGGAGGGUCGAUGGAAAAGAAGAAGGGGUGACAAAGAAGAUCGAUGGUGUGCUACAGUAGCUUCAGCCACAUAUUCUUGUUUGGGGGUUGGAAAUGUUAGUGUCAUUUGCUUUGAGAAAGAGCGACUUGCUCUUCUCAACUUCAAACACAGUGUUGAAGAUCCUUAUGGAUUGUUGUCAUCAUGGGUUGGAAAUGAGUGUUGCCAGUGGGGAGGAAUCCAGUGUGAUGUUGUCACUGGAAAUGUUGAACACCUUUAUCUCGAAACAGAUGACUAUUACUACUUAACUGGUAAUAAAGUGAGCUCUUCUUUGGCAGAGUUGAGGCAUCUCAAAUACCUUGACUUGAGUGGGAAUUAUUUCCAAGGAAGUCGGAUCCCUGAGUUCAUUGGAUCCUUGAAACAGCUGAGAUACCUCAAUCUCUCUGAUGCUGGUUUUGAAGGUCCACUCCCUAGCCUUCUUCAAAACAUGACAUCCCUGACAUUCCUCAGUCUUUCUGGAUUUAAUCAUAGUUUGACAUGGAACUUUCCAAACCUACUAAGCAUGAUCCCUUCUUUGUCACAGCUGCAUUGGUCAGGUUGUGGGUGCCAUAAUACGUAUCUAUCUUCCCCUCUUCUUAAUUUCACUACACUUUCUAACAUCCAGCACCUCAAUCUUGGCAAUAAUCCACUUGGAGAAAUAUUUCCAUCCUUUUUGACUAACAUGAGUUCCCUAAGAAUCCUUGAUCUUUCAUAUACCAUGCUGAAUUCAUCUCUUCCUAUUAUGCCUAAACUUCUAGAGCUUCAUCUUUCUGGCAACGAGUUAAAACAGAUUGAGGAUGUUGGAGUCUGGAGACAGUGCCACCUGAAACAAUUAAGUGUAACAGAUAAUGAGUUUGGUAGAAUUCCAGAAACACUUGGAAGACUGGCAAACUUAAGACACCUUGAUCUAUCGGAGAAUGGAUUGACAGGUUCAAUCCCUGAAUCUCUGAGUAGAUUAAGAUUUUUAGAAGUACUAUAUCUAUCUCAAAAUCACUUGACUGGUCUCGUUCCAGAGUUCCUUGAUUUGGAUCUACAUUCUAAUUUAUUAGACGGGACUAUUCCAGUUUCGAUUGGGCAACUUGCCAAACUCCGUCAUCUCUUUAUCUCUAACAAUUCUUUAGAAGGAGUGGUUACCGAAGCCCAUUUUGCUAAUCUUUCGAUGUUGAAGUACUUGUAUACUUAUUCCAACACUAAGAUGACAUUCAAUGUUUCACGUGGGUGGAUACCUCCAUUCCAGUUGAAAACUCUUUAUCUCAGCUCUUGCAAUAUCGGGAAUGGAUUUCCGCAGUGGCUUCGACAUCAGAGGAAACUUAAGAGCUUAGAGUUGUCCAAUGCUACACUUUCGGGGCCGCUGCCCACAUGGCUGCAGAAGAUGCCCAUCAUUUCUUGGUUAGAUCUCUCUCACAACAAACUCAGCGGAUCUUUGACAAACCUUCCUAAUGCGAGAAAUGGUCAUGUAUAUAAGCCUUUAUUACUCUUGCAAUAUAACCUUUUCAAUGGGUCGAUUCCACGGUCGUUGUGCAGAAGGACGGAUUUGCAAGGACUUGAUCUUUCAAGAAACAUGUUACGUGGGAAAAUUCCCAACUGUGUGGGGAAUCUGCGGAGUUUGAUUACCAUCAGAUUAAGCUCAAAUCAGCUCUCUGGUGUCAUUCCUAGCACUAUUUCUCUUAUUUCACUAUUGGUUUGGUUAAAUUUGAACAACAAUAGCUUUACUGGUGAAGUUCCUCAGGAAUUGGGGAAUCUACAAGGUUUGGAAGUCUUAGAUUUGGGUUACAAUAAAUUCUGUGGAAAUAUACCCAAUUGGAUAGGGAAAAAUCUUAAAUCUUUGGUAUUUUUGAGGUUACACAAAAACAACUUCACUGGUAGAAUUCCUCAAUCUCUUUGCAAAAGUUCAAAUCUUCAAGUUUUGGAUCUUCCAUACAACAACUUAACUGGAACCAUCCCUCGUUGUGUAGGAAACGUAAAUGGCAUGGUUGUGAGUCAUCGGAUGAAUGAGAGUUAUUUUGAUCUCUAUGAUGAUAAGAAUGUGAUUCAGGUCAUGAAAGGUGUUGAUCUUGAAUAUACAACAACUUGGGAUAUAGUUUAUAACAUGGACCUUUCAAGCAAUAAACUUGAGGGAGAAAUACCAGUUGAGCUAUCUGCACUUUCCAUGUUGGUGGGUCUGAAUCUGUCUAAUAAUCAUCUGAGAGGGGGUAUUCCAGAGAGCAUUGGAAAGAUGAUGAAUUUGGAAACUCUUGAUUUCUCAAAAAACGAGUUGAGCGGGAGGAUCCCUUCAAGCAUGGCAGCUCUGAACUUUUUGAGCCAUUUGAAUCUGUCACACAACAAUUUCUCGGGUCAAAUUCCAACUGGAAAUCAACUACAGACGCUUACCGAUCCAUCAAUAUAUUCUGGGAACAAAGGUCUAUGUGGACCACCAUUGCCAAACACUUGCUCAAAUCAUAAAGAUCCAACAACAACAACAAGCAAAAAGAAACACAAAGCAGCUGAGCAGACCAGAGUAUGGUUGUUUUAUGUGGACAUAAUGAGUGGUUUUGCAACUGGGUUUUGGGGUGUUAUUGGAGUUCUGUUGUUCAAGAAGCAGUGGAGACAGAAGCUUUUCAUGUUUGCUGAGGAAAUGGUAGACAAGAUAUAUGUUGUAGUCAUGGUAAGAGUUGCAAAAAUCAAGAGAGGAAGAGAAGCUGCAUAG